AAAAGAGCUGUGCUCGUCGCUCCUGCUGUACACCACUCCACUGCUCACUGCUGCUGUGUGUGAAGACUGAAGGAGAGGAGGACCCGACCACGACUGCCCGACAACUUGUACAAUGGACGCUACAGAGUUCCGGAGGAGAGGGAAGGAGAUGGUAGACCUGAUAGCAGAUUACCUGGAGAACAUAGAGCAGAGGCCGGUGUACCCCGACGUGGAGCCUGGGUACCUGCGGUCCCUCAUCCCUGAGGAGGCCCCUGAGGAGCCCGAAACCUACGAGGACGUGGUCAAAGACAUUGAGAGGGUCAUCAUGCCUGGGGUGACCCACUGGCACAGCCCGUACUUCUAUGCCUACUUCCCCACGGCUAACUCCUUCCCGGCCAUGCUGGCAGACAUGCUGUCUGGAGCUAUUGGUUGCAUCGGAUUCUCCUGGGCUGCCAGCCCGGCGUGUACAGAGCUGGAGACAGUCAUGAUGGACUGGCUGGGGAAGAUGCUCAAGCUGCCAGAGGACUUCAUCGCCGGGACACACGGACAAGGAGGAGGCGUCAUCCAGGGUACGGCAAGUGAGGCGACUCUGGUGGCUCUCCUAGCUGCCCGCUCCAGGGCGGUCAGAAUGAUCCUGGCCAGUGACCCACAGCGUCCAGAGACUGGCAUUACCUCCAAACUGGUGGCCUACUCCUCCGACCAGGCUCAUUGCUCGGUGGAACGAGCAGGUAUGAUUGCCGGAGUGAGGAUGAAGAAGAUUCCGACGGAGCAGUCAGACAAGUAUGCUGUCAAGGGAGAAACCCUCCGGAGAAUGAUACAGGAAGACAAGGCUGCAGGACUCAUCCCCUUCUACUUCUGUGCUACUCUUGGGACCACUCCCUCAUGUGCAUUUGAUCACAUUACUGAACUUGGGCCCAUAUGUAAUGCAGAGAAAAUCUGGAUGCACAUUGAUGCUGCAUAUGCUGGGAGUUCCUUUAUCUGUCCUGAAUUCAGACCCCUGUUGAAUGGCAUUGAGUUUGCAGACUCAUUCAAUUUCAACCCACACAAAUGGCUGUUAGUCAACUUUGACUGCUCUACAAUGUGGGUGAGGAAAAGAUCUGAUCUCAUUGGGGCCUUCAAGAUGGAUCCUCUAUACCUGAAACAUGAUCAUCAAGAGUCGGGGCUGGUCACAGAUUACAGGCACUGGCAGAUUCCACUGGGCCGAAGGUUCCGCUCUCUCAAGAUGUGGUUUGUCUUCCGGAUGUAUGGGCUCAAAGGCCUUCAGGACUACAUCCGUAAGCAUGUGGAGUUGGCCAAAGAGUUUGAGAGCCUGGUUCGCGCUGACCAGCGCUUUGAGAUCAGCGCAGACGUGGUCUUGGGGCUGGUCUGCUUUAGACUAAAGGGCUCCAACGAGGUGAACGAGACCUUGCUGAAGAGGAUAAACAAUGGCAGGAAGAUCCACCUGGUGCCGUGCCAGCUGUCUGGUCAGUUUGUGCUGCGCUUCGCCGUCUGCGCCCGCACCACCGAGUCACGUCACAUCCGCGAGGCCUGGCGACUCAUCACACAGCUGGCCGAAGAGGUCAUGCAGGAGCUGCCCCACUGACCAUCCACAUUGACUAGACAGGCUGGGUUGGACCAGGGGCUGUAAUGUAUCAAGCAGUAUUUCAGAGUAAGAGUGCAGAUCUAGGAUCAGGUCCUCCCCUGUCCAUUCAUUAAAAUAUAAAAGGCAAAAUUGAUCCUAGAAAAGGAUCUUUGAUCAGCACUCCUACUCUGAGACGCUUGAUGAAUAAGGGCCCUAACCCCACCUGACCAUGGCCGGUAUUCAAAACGUGUCUCAGAGUAGGAAUGUCCAUGUUAUCUUAUUCCUUGUGAAGUAAAAGGCUAAACUGAUCCUAGUUCAGCACUCCUACUCUGAGAUGCUAUAUGAAUACAGGCCUGGAUCUCACUCAAUGGAGGCUGCUGAGGGGAGGACGGCUCAUAAUAAUGGCUGAAACGGAGUGACUGGAAUGCCAUUAAACCAUGUGUUUGAUACCAUUCCACCGAUUCCGCUCCAGUCAUUACCACGAGCCCAUCCUCCCUAAUUGAGGUGUCACCAACCUCCUGUGAUCUCACUGUGUUUACAUCAUCAGCAUACUGUAACUGCAACCCUUUCUCUUUGCUGUCUCAUCCCAUGUGUGUAUUUAUAUGUGUGGUUGUAUGUGAAUCAGUGAAUUUGUGUGGGUAAGUGUGAAUAAAUUAAAGGUGUGUAUGUGGGUGAAGCAAAUCAUAUCCAGAUGUUAAGGUUUUGCCUGAUAAGUUACUGUAGUGUAGGGUUUACUGACAAUACUCAAGCAUGUGUUCUAUGUAAAACCAGACUGACUGAGUUCUGCUCUGACUCCACACCAGUGUGCUAAAUGAGAGAGGCCAGGCUAGAGACGGGCACCACCCCCCUCAGGGCUCUGUGUAUGCCCCACCUGCUCCUACAACCCCUCUCCACCCUCACCCACCCUGCCCUGUCCCUUCUCAACCAACUGUUCAUCCAAAUCACUUUAGAGAAAGGCCAGCAUGCUAAAAAUACAGGCAAGGACUUAGUAUGUGGGGCUUUAUCCUGCCUGAGGUUUAUCCAGGCUCUGAUCACUCAGCUGUGUUUACCUGCUCUAGUGGAGUGAUUAGUAUUCAAUUCAGUAGAACAUUAUUUAUCCCCUUAGGGACAUAUUGAUUAAAACAUUGUAUGGUUUGGCACCAUUAUACAGUAAGUAGAGAUAUAAACAGUUAGUAUCCCACAAGGUUUGAGCUGUUCACUGUUUUCAUGAAGCCCAAAAAAUAAGUCAAAAAAUGAACAACAUGUUGAGAUUAUGCCAAAGAGAGAAACAGGUAUCUUAUACCAGAAAAACAGGUAUCUUAUACCAGAAAAACAGGUAUCUUAUACCAGAAAAACAGGUAUCUUAUACCAGAAAAACAGGUAUCUUAUACCAGAGACACAGGUAUCUUAUACCAGAGACACAGGUAUCUUAUACCAGAGACACAGGUAUCUUAUACCAGAAAAACAGGUAUCUUAUACCAGAGACACAGGUAUCUUAUACCAGAAAAACAGGUAUCUUAUACCAGAAAAACAGGUAUCUUAUGCCAGAGACACAGGUAUCUUAUACCAGAGACACAGGUAUCUUAUACCAGAAAAACAGGUAUCUUAUACCAGAGACACAGGUAUCUUAUACCAGAAAAACAGGUAUCUUAUACCAGAGACACAGGUAUCUUAUACCAGAAAAACAGGUAUCUUAUGCCAGAGACACAGGUAUCUUAUACAAGAGAAACGGGUAGCUUAUAUCAGAGACACGGGUAUCUUAUACCAGAAAAACAGUUAUCUUAUACCAGAAAAACAGUUAUCUUAUACCAGAAAAACAGGUAUCUUAUACAAGAGAAACGGGUAGCUUAUAUCAGAGUUGUGGCCUUUCCCAUGUCAAUUUACAAUGUAAACUAAAACUCUAAUUCCAAAAUGUUCUCAUAGAGAAGCAUUGAGCAAAAAUGUUUGAUUCCAUAAUCGACUGAAUUGAAAAGGAAUUGACCCCAACUCUGUUUCAUAAGCAGCUUUGUCCUGAACAUCAUAAUAAUAACCCAUGAGAUACACGAUGAGACAAAUAACAGCUCUUAUGGGAGCAUCAGUUAAAACACUUACAGUAGGCUUUUGCCCUGCAUGAAUAAAAUAUACAGACAACAGUUAAUGUCUCAGUUGAUUUGAAGAGACACAAAAACAAUAUGUACCUAGCUUGACUUAAUGCUCAGCAGUAGCAGUGAGCCAAGGAGGAAUUGACUUGAGAGGGUCUCUCCUUAUGAAGGUAAUAUGAAUGUGUUUCAAAUGUGUACUUUACUGUAUGCACAUCAUAUGAUGUUUCUGUUGGGCUGUUGGAUAAACAAACAAGUUGAAUUAGAUUAGACCUUUAAACUGUGAAUCCCAGCAUGUCAUGGAGUCACUUAAAAUAAAUUAACCAUGUAAUCUUAAGAGAUAAAAUAUCCCUGUCCGUGGUUUGAUUCACAAGUCAAGCGUGCCUUUUGAAUGAGGGAUGGAGGGGUGUGUGUGUGUGUAGAAUAUGUGUAGUGGUCUCUAUUUGUCUCUUUUGUGUCUGUGUUUACUUGGUAUAACCAGCAGUGGGCUGACUGCGUCAGUCUCACACUGGGGGGAAAUUGUAUUGUUAACUUGAUCAUCGUUUACCUGGCGAUAAGGUGGUAGUGCAAUCCUAUGUUUUUUGAAGGAGGAAAACCUUUAGCAUAGCUGUAUUAUUUUAUAUGCUUUGAGUGGCUUUGUGGCUUCCUGCUACUUAUCUGUCUCGUGGCAUCAUUGUACGGUCAAAAUAAAUGUGUUUGCGAUGUG